AUGACUGAUGAAAAACAUUCACUCCACGAUGGAAGCCAAUCAAGUGACGUUAAGUCAAUUGAUAUUUAUGAUGAAAAUUUCCAUCUAGGUGAAAAGCAAAGAAAAAUUUUCCUUGCAAUUUGUGGUGUUUUUAUAAGUGAAUUAAAGGGAACAGACCUCAACAUCUAUACAAACACAAAAACUUAUACAAAUGUUCCAAAAAGUGUCGAUAAAAUUAAAGAAUUUGGACAGAUAAAUUUCGAAGAUAAAGAUGAUUUUUCGGCAAGGCUAUUCAAUCGUCUGCAAAAAACCAUUCCUCCACAUCAAUUUGCGCGAAUUAGCUCAAUGUUAAAGAAAAUGUGUAGUAGAAUGACUAGUUAUUCGAUGACAAAUUCAUCAACAAAACUUUUUUAUGAACUUAGUUUACAACAACGCGCCGCCGCUGUUGCUAAAUGGAGUACUAGUCAAAAGGCAUCGAUUAAACAAUUUUAUAAAACUAUUUCUUUUCUGGCUCGCUCUGCCUUCUGGUUAAAUCCUUAUAACCUUUAUCCGGCAAUCGGUUAUCCAGGACCUGAUCCUGAAAUAAAUGGACCAAGAUUUAAAGGACGUACGUUCCCAGAAUAUGAAUUUAUUAAAAUUACGGAAGAUACAAAAGAUUUGGAAGUUGAUGUUGUUAUUGUCGGUUCUGGAGCAGGUGGAAGUGUGGCUGCUGCACGUUUAGCAAGAAAAUCUGGUAAUUCAGUGCUUGUUAUCGAAAAAGGCCAUCACUAUCACCAAAGUGAAUUGACCUUGAAAGAGAAAGAUAGUUAUGAAACAUUAUAUGAACUUGGAGGUGGAAUGCUUUCGGAAGAUAGUAGCAUGACCGUUCUUGCAGGAUCAAACUUUGGUGGUGGUACCACCAUCGGUUGGUCCACUUCAGUUGAACCAAGUCAUUUUAUUCGCGAAGAAUGGGCCAAUAGUUUUGGAUUGAACCAUUUUAUGGAUGAUGAUUUUGUUGAUUUCAUAAAAACCAUCAAAAAUCGAUUAGGUGUCAGUAGUAGCAAUGUCAUCCACAACGAAAGCAAUAAAAUUCUUAUUGAGGGUUGCAAAAAACUUGGUGCACCUGUUUCCACUAUUCCGCAAAAUUCCGCAUCUAAACUACAUGAAUGUGGUUGGUGUGGCUUCGGUUGUCGGUAUGGUGAAAAACAAAGUACCGCGAUGACCUAUUUAAAAGAUGCUAAAGAUUAUGGUGUUAAAUUUAUACAAGAUUGUUUUGUUGAAAGAAUUAUCAUUGAAAAUAAUAAGGUUGCUGGUGUUGUAGCCACCGUCAACAAUGGAGGGAAGAAAUUUAAAGUUAAUGCUAAGAAAGUUAUUGUUGCAUGCGGUGCUCUCCAUAGCCCUGCUUUGCUUUUGCGAA